UUAUUAUUUAAUAAUUCCAAACUUUACAUGAUUUAAAUUGCACCAACAACACCAGCACCAAACUCUAAACCCUACCUUUGACAAGCGCCGGCGUUUGACGCGCGAUCGACAGAUGGCGCCGCUGCACGUUCGAAGCUAAUUGUUAAAAAAAAAUAAUUGGGUUUCGAACGCAAUCUAAAUUGGCGGGCUAUCUGUCUACAAAAAAACGUUUAACAAAUACGCAACGCUCGUUUACGUGACGGCCCGCGUGACGCAAAGAUGCAUUAAAAAAAGCCUGGACGAACGUAAACGUUGAAUAGCUUCGUUGGCGAGCGAGGAAACGCGAGAAAUGAUGUGAGGUGAGCGCUCGCGAAGACGAAGAGAAAAAGCGUAAAACACGGUUCGAGCGCGACCUACUUUACCGGCAAUCGUACGCCCCGGGGGUGGAACUAACCCGAAUAAAUUGGGAACGUCCACAGGUACCUCAUAACUUAGGCGUGGCGUCAUGUUUUUCUUCGGGUCGAGAGGCGUGUUGAAGAUCAACGAGGACGCGAGUCCUUUGUACCAGUUCGUCGCCACCGUCGCCGGAUGCCUGGGUGUCAUCUCCGGGGCGAUGCACUUCGGCUGGCCGUCGCCGUCGCUGCCUCAUCUUCUCAGCCCCAACUCGACGAUCCCGAUCAGCGACGAGGACGGCUCGUGGUUGGCGGCGAUGCCGUGCAUCGGCGCCGCCUCCGGCUCCCUGCUGACCGCCUACGCGGUGGACAGGAUCGGCAGGAAAACGUGCAUGCUGAUGACGGCCCCCGGGUACUUCGCGGCUUGGCUCAUGGUCGCGUUCGCCACCACAAAGUGGGAGCUUUACGCCGCCAGGUUCAUCUCGGGGGCGGCUGACGGCCUGGUGUUCACCGCCUUCCCCAUGUACCUCGGCGAGAUAGCUUCGUACGACAUCAGGGGAUUGCUGGGCUCGAGCCUCCAGCUCUCGAUGAUUGCCGGCAUGCUCGUCAUCAACGUCCUGGGCUCCUAUCUGAGCAUCUACCACACGGCUUUGGUGUCGGCGGUGUUGCCGCCCAUCUUCUUUGUCGCGUUCGGCCUUAUGCCCGAGAGUCCGUACUACCUGGUGAUGAAAGGUCGCGAGGAAGACGCCGCGGACAGUCUGCGUCUCUUCAGGCGCACGGCAGACGUCUCGGCCGAGCUCGCCAGGGUCUCGGAGGCGGUGAAGGCGGAGCUCGAGCAGUCCGGUCGCGUGGUCGACCUGGUGAAGAUCCCCAGCAACCGCAAGGCCGUGCUCAUUGUCUUCGGUUUGAGGACCAUCCAGCAGCUGAGCGGCACCACCGCCAUCAUGUUCUACGCCAAAACCAUCUUCCACCAGGCCAGCGGCGGCGUCUCCCCUAGCGUCGCCACCAUAAUCUACUUUUCCCUGCAGCUGGUAGUCGCCUUGGCAGGCUCCUUCCUCGUGGACAAGCUCGGCAGGAAGCCGCUACUCGUGGUGUCCAUCAUAGGGUCCGGUUUGGCCCUCUCCUUGGAGGGGGUCUACUUUUAUUUGGCCCAAAACACCACCCUGGACGUUUCGAGCCUUAAAACAGUACCUUUGAUCGCCCUCCUCGCUUACGUGGUGGUUUUCAACGUGGGCAUGGGUACCAUACCGGUACUGCUGCUGGGGGAGAUGUUCCCCACGGGGGUGAAGGCGUUCGCGCUGUGCCUGGCUGACAUUUGGUUCGGGAUCAUCGUGACCUUGACCUCGAAAGGUUUCCAGAUCAUCAAGGACGACUUCGGGAUCGCUGUACCCUUCUUCGGGUUCGCAGCGUGUUGCGUCGUGGGGUUGGUGUUUAUAGUGUGGGUCGUGCCCGAAACGAAGGGCAAAACCCUCGAGAAUAUACAGGACGAGCUCAAGGGCGCUGCUGGGAAGAAACACGCGGAAGGGGACGCUUAAAGUUUUGCCUUCCUAAUGGAAAAUUGCAAAAAGUAAAUCGUAUUAGGGAGAAUAAUUCGUUUGGUUGGUUAGUUUCUACGGAUUUCGAAAAAAAAUUAUCUAUAUAGCCAAUCGCUAAUCCGGUACUCAAAUAAAUAACAGUUAAAGGCUGAAAAAGUUGUUUAUGGGAGAACGAUUAGUAAUUUAUAUGUUAAUUAUUUUUAAAAUAUUAUAUUUUACGGUUUUUGCUAUCAAAUAUAUUCCGUCGGGUUUGGAAAGCGUGUUUUAAUUAUCCGUCGACUUUUAAUGGCUUGUUUUAGUGCGUUUUGGAUAAAAUAUUGUUCAUUUUUUAUUAGUCCGUUAACAGAAAUUUGUACUUUUCCUUCGCUCUACAUUUUGUAUUUUUCUGAAUUGAAAAUUUGGCUUUACAAAUUGUUUCGUGAUUCCGUUUAUUGCACAAUAAACAAACAUAAUCGAUAAAAUUUUUUCAAUUUUUAUUUACUUUUUUUUUCUGAAUUGAAAAAGUGUAAAAAGUAAAGGACUUAAGGGAAAAUGGAAUUGUUUGAUUUGUGACAUUUUUUGUCUUGUUUUUGUUUGUUUGUUUGUUACUUUUUUAAAUGCUAUAUGUUUUGUUUUAUUUUUUAACGAAAAUUUGUAAAAAGUAAAGGGUUUUUGAGAAAAUAGGAUUGUUUUAUUGGUAACAUUU